UGGUGGCAUUUAUUUUGUUCCUCUUGCAUGGAAACCAGCAGCAACAACCUUUCCUCUUCAAUUGAACCUUUGGUGCUCUUUCUACAGUUUCCCCACUUGACUUGAAUCUUUUACUACAAAUCCUACCCCAUUCACAUACCCGUUAAACCAUUUCAACCCAUUUUCUGGAAGCUUGAGUUUGUGGUUGAAGAGAUGCUGAUUGGUCAAGCAGAUCACAUAUCGGAGUCAAGAUCAUUGAAGGAUCAGAUACUUGGCUACUCUGGGUCUGAAUUAAGUGAUGAUGAAGAGGAAGAUUGUUUGGAACAGAUACUAUACUCAGCAUCCUUUGAAGAGCUUGCAAGCAAUUACGUUAAAUAUGACACGGUCAUAUGGCUUGCUAUAUCAUUACUUCUAGUUUUAGCUUGGGGAAUUGGCCUUCUUAUGUUGCUUUACCUGCCCAUCAGGAGAUAUGUGCUUCAAAAGGAUUUGUCUUCUCGCAGAUUAUAUGUUACAUGUACCGAAGUAGUUUACAAGGUAUCAAGACCUUCAUUUAUACCAUUUUGGGGGACUGUAACAAUUGAGAGGCGUGUACCUCUUUCUCUGGUGAUUGAUAUUAUCAUUGAACAAGGUUGCCUGCAGUCUAUAUAUGGUAUCCAUACUUUUCGAGUUGAAAGUAUUGCACAUGGAAAAGCUGCUCCUGUAGAUGAACUACAAGUUCAGGGAGUUUCUGAUCCUUUUGUUUUGAGGAAGAUGAUUGUAACAGAGGCUUCAAAGAUCACACAAGAUGUGAGUACAAGUGGGAAGCAUGCUGGUCCAAGCACAGAUGAGGAAAACAUCGCUCGUAUGCCAGGAGCAACUGAGGGAUCAGUUGUUUUGAGAUCACCGUCAAAAAGUUUGAAGAUGGUAGGCUCGCCACAUACUUCUUCACUUGAGUGCAGGGUAGCUGGAGGACUGCUGCUUAAUAAACUUGAAGAAGUCAAUAAAUCAGUGAAGAGACUUGAGUUGCUUAUCGAGAAGUUGCAUGCUUCUUCCUCCAUCAACUGAAGGUACCAUAGUUUAGCACUGCAAGAAUUGAAAUGAAAGGAGUUUCCAAAUUUAUAGUACCUUAUUUUUCACUAUGGAAAUAGUGAAUAAUGAUUUCAUUGUCUUAUUGCUACCGAGUCACUGCUAUGGUUGAUUCCAUAGAAUUCUGGCGGAGGAUUGUAGAUGUUUAGAACCUCAAAUUUUGAUUGCAUAAUUGUUUUUACUAGUCCCUUCCAUUUUUUGUCAUUUCUAUUUUAAAUUUUAAUUGUAUAUAGCCCAAUUGGUAUAUUUCUA